AUGGAAUCAGAGAUGACCAACAUUCUGAGUUACAUACAUCCUUGCUAUGUAUUAGAUAAUACAACUUACACAUUUACAAGUAAUCCUUCGAAGAUAUGUGUUGCACUUUAUGUUUUUCUUGGCUUAUUAUCUAUUUGUACAAUAUGCGGAAACCUCCUUGUAGUAAUCACUAUUAUUUACUUCAAACAGCUCCACAUGCCAACAAACUAUCUCAUUCUGUCUUUAGCUGUGGCCGAUUUGUUUGUCGGAAUUUUGGUGUUUCCAUUCAGUAUGGCCUUCACUGUCUUCUCCUGUUGGCAUCAUGAAGGGCUGUUUUGUAAAAUACGAGGUUGUUUUGAUGUCACACUGAGCACAGCUUCAAUUUUAAACCUCUGUUGUAUUUCCAUUGACAGAUAUUACGCCGUGUGCCAGCCUCUGACCUACAAAAGUAAAAUAAAUUAUCAUGUUAUCGGCAUCAUGAUAUUGGUAAGCUGGGGUGUUUCUGCACUAAUAGGAAUUGGAAUAACAGUAGCAGGAUUUAAUCAAGGGAAAUGUGAAGAGAGAUGUUUCAUUGAUGCACUAAUUUCGACCACUGUAGCAUGUAUAUUUUCCUUUUAUAUCCCAGUUAUCAUUAUGCUUAGUAUCUACUUGAGGAUUUUCCUAGUUGCACAGAGACAAGUACGCAGCAUCCAGAGUACAUGUCAGAGUACAAUGUCACGAGCAACUGUCAGUAAGAUGGAGACAAAAGCUACCAAAACUCUAGCAGUUGUUAUGGGAAUUUUUAUUUUAUGUUGGACACCAUACUUCAUUUGUAUCAUCUUUCAGCCUUUAACGUUUGAUGUUACUCCAAUCGCCGUGAUUGAAACACUAAAUUGGCUUGCACUUUCUAAUUCAAUGCUGAAUCCUUUGAUUUAUGCUUUCUUUUAUAGCUGGUUCAGGGCGGCUUUUAGAUUGAUCAUUACUGGAAAAAUAUUUCAAGGCGAUUUUACGAAGACAAAACUCUUAGAUUUUUUUUCAUAG